UCCCCGCCCGGGACAGCCCGGCUCCAGCUCUCUGGGGCUGGGGUUGCCCAAGUGCGGGCCACCCCCCCGCGCGCGCCUCCGGGACCUGGAAUCCCGGCUGCAGAGCCCUGCCCGGGACUCGCUGCCCCCGCCCUUCCUGCGGGCGCCCGGGGCAGCCCUGCGGUGGCUUAUCCUUGAAUAGUCGCGGGCGCCGCUCUGCUCCCAUCGCUGCGCACGCAUCCGGAGAUGUGGCGGUGGCGAGACGGCCGUCACCAGCCCGCGGGGGGCGCACGAACGGGGCUGGGGGCCACGGACAGGUCAUCCGGCAUCACUGAGCCGGGCGGGGGGGAUUGUGCUCCAGCUGCGGGACGCGAUGGGGUAACCGAGACCCGCUGUGCAAAAGUGACUUUUACCUAAGAUACUCUGGACAGGGCAGAGCUAAUAUGCAUGGAACUUGCAUUUUUGGACCUGACUCCAGAACCCUGGGGAUUUCCACUGGGGCAGUGAACACCCACACCGAGUAUCCUAGGCUGCUCGGAGGUUCCAGGGAACAUAGACAAGUCACCGACUGGGGCUCUCUCUGCCCCUUUCCCCUGGGGAGGAAGUGGAGGAAGCCAGUGGCAGCCUGAGGUCCUCCGACAGGGGAAACUAGCUGUGGUUCCUAAAAGUCCGUGACAUGGUUCUUUUUUCUCUCUGACUCGCCCUCCCCUCCCUCUUGCUCAAAAGAAUGACUGGACACUCCUAGAGCCUGCAGUCACCAUCCAGGGGAUUUUUUUCACCACAAAGGGUAAUUCCUGUCUCAUCCCUGCUGUGACUCAGCUGUGACGUUGAACCACACAAGCCAGCGAGAAGAUAAAAUCAUCAGACUCCUGCUCAUCAGAGAGGGUGGCCCGGCCAGCACUCACCUCUUCUCCCAACACAGACUCCACGGAGCUGGUCCCCUCCCCAGAGGAGCUUGAACAGGGCCCCCCCACCAGCCAGCCUGGGACCCCAAGAUGGCCUCUGGCUCGGCCAGCAGCCCCCGCCCGGCCCCCGAUGAGAACGAGUUCCCCUUUGGGUGCCCCCCCACCGUCUGCCAGGACCCACCAGAGCCCAGGCCCCUCUGCUGUGCCGUCUGUCUCUCUGAGAACGUGAGGAAUGGUGAAGAUCGGAUUUGUCCCAAAUGCAAAGGGGAUGACACACCAUCCGAAAGGCCAGGAAGCCUUCUGUCUCAGGAGCAGGAUCACCCUGAGGUGGCUGAGGCUGGAGUUGGGUGUCCCUUUGCAGGUGUUGGCUGCUCCUUCAAGGGGGGCCCAAAGUUCAUGCAGGAGCAUGAGGUCACCUCCCAGGCCACCCACCUGAACCUGCUGUUAGGGUUCAUGAAACAGUGGAAGGCCCAGCUGGGCUCUGGCCUGGGGUCCGGACCCAUGGCCCUGGAGCAGAAUCUGUCAGACCUGCAGCUGCAGGGGGCUGUGGAGGCAGCUGGGGACCUAGAGGUGGACUGCUACCGGGCCCCCUGCUCCGAGAGCCAGGAGGAGCUGGCCCUGCAGCACUUCGUGAAGGAGAAGCUCCUGACUGAGCUGGAGGGGAAGCUGUGCGUGUUUGAGAACAUUGUCGCCGUCCUCAACAAGGAGGUGGAGGCCUCCCACCUGGCCCUGGCCGCCUCCAUCCACCAGAGCCGGCUGGACCGCGAGCACAUCCUGAACUUGGAACGGAGGGUGGUGGAGCUGCAGCAGACCUUGGCCCAGAAAGACCAGGCCCUGAGCAAGCUGGAGCAGGGCUUCCGCCUCAUGGAAGAGGCCUCCUACGACGGCACCUUCCUAUGGAAGGUCACCAGUGUUACCAGGCGGUGCCAUGAGUCAGCCUGCGGCAGGACCGUCAGCCUCUUCUCCCCAGCUUUCUACACUGCCAAGUACGGAUACAAGUUGUGCCUGCGGCUCUACCUGAAUGGGGACGGGACGGGGAAGAGGACCCACAUGUCCCUCUUCAUCGUGAUCAUGAGAGGGGAGUAUGAUGCUCUACUGCCGUGGCCUUUCCGGAACAAGGUCACUUUCAUGCUGCUCGACCAGAACAACCGUGAGCACGCCAUCGACGCCUUCCGGCCUGACCUGAACUCAGCAUCCUUCCAGCGGCCCCAGAGCGAAACCAAUGUGGCCAGCGGCUGCCCGCUCUUCUUCCCCCUCAACAAGCUGCAGUCGCCCAAGCAUGCCUACGUGAAGGACGACACCAUGUUCCUCAAGUGCAUCGUGGAGACAAACGCUUAGGGCAGGAGGGGCCGAGCAAGCCGCACCCGGGUCCCAGGGGAGCACCCGCUCAGACGGGGGUUCAGCAAGAUGACUGAGGUCCUGCCCUUGGCGCCCAAGAUCCCAAGGCACCGUGAUGGGCCGCGGCUGGCAUAAUGUGAGCCGAGCUGACAGAUUGACCGUGGCUAGCUAUCACCUUAGUGUGGCAGGACCUUGGACUGGGCCCACAAAGGCAGAGGGUCCCAAAGGAGGUGGUGCAGGACUGAUCCCCCUGCACUGACCAUGCAGCACUGGAGCUCUGAGAGCCACCCGGCCCUGAAUGUUGAGAUGGACUCCGGCCAAGAUGGGGAGGGUGUGGGGACCAGGCUGGGGCGUGGAUGGGGAGCUGGAGGUGUGGGACCUCAGCAAAGAAGCUCCAGGGAUGGGAAGGCCUCUGCAGGCCGCCAUGGAGAGUGAGCUUGCUCUCGUCCUGCUUGGGAUCAGAACCAGGACCAGGGGGUGGAAGUGACAGGGUGCCAGUGCGAAUUCAAUCUGUCCCAGCCUGGACCGAGUUCCCCAGCACUGGAGGUGAACAAGCAAAACCAGGGGGCUAUGCUGCGGGGAGGGCAUCAAAUGGGGGGAGGGGUGGUUUUGAAGACCUUCAUGGUUCCUUCCAGCCCAGAGUCUCUGACUCUAGGCCUCCUGGGCCAGAUGAGGCCUAGUGCCGCGGGGGGUCUGGAAACAUUCAGGUGCCCGAUGCCCUCCAGUUUCCUGAUUCACAUUCAGUACUGCCAGGUGGGCUGAGCUGACCCGCACGGCACCUGCCACCCAGGGCCCGGCGGUCUGCUUGCCCUCCACGCAGAGCCACGCAGAGGCCCUGCAUCCUGCGCCUCCCCCAGCUGAGUGCCCCUCCACCUCCUCCAGGUGAAACCAGGUCCCUAGCUCCCAGAGGCAGCUGGAAGGAGCGUGGAGAAGGAGAGGGGCACAGACUCUCCACGCUGCCUGCCUGGGGGCCCCACUCUCGGCCAUUUCCAGAAUCCCGUGUCGCCCGAUGAACGAAGGCAACCACAUCUCUAGUUGAUGGAUCAGGACCGCUGAGCCACCCGCAGAUGUUGUCCUUUUAUUUGUAUAAAACCAAA